AUGGGUGGUGGGAUGAUGACGUUGCGGCGGCGGCCCACAUACAAAAAGCGGCUUCCACAUGACGUAGUAGGACAGUCAGCAGUCUUCCCUCACGGUCGCUCUUUCCAGCUCCACUCCCAGAACUUGAUUCUUUUCAAUAUUAUUUGUCAAGCCGCCAAAGUGGAGAGUGUCGUUGCACCAGGGGGUCCUUCUCGUUUCAGUGUAGGGGGAGGAGGUGGGGGUGCACCCCAGCACUAUCCCAAGACUGUCGGCAACAGCGAGUUCCUGGGGAAACCCCCAGGUACUAGCGUUCAGAGAUGGGUACCUUCUCGAAGCACUAGACGAGAUGCCAACUCCUCCAACGAGAAAGGGCAAAAUGAUGGGACCUUCAGAAAAGUGAGAGGCAUACUCAAUAAGCUGACACCUGAGAAGUUUGACAAACUAUGCCUGGAGCUCCUCAACGUGGGUGUGGAUUCAAAACUUGUCUUAAAAGGAACCAUCUUGUUGAUUGUUGACAAAGCCCUCGAAGAGCCCAAGUAUAGCCAGUUAUACGCUCAGCUAUGUCUGCGCUUGUCAGAGGAUGCACCAAACUUUGAACCCCCAUCAACAGAAAGUCAAGCAUCACAAAAGCAGAAUACUACCUUCAGAAGACUCCUGAUUUCUAAGCUUCAAGAUGAGUUCGAGAACCGUGCCAGGAAUGUUGAAAUCUAUGAAAAACAUGACGCCCCACUUACCUCUGAGGAGGAGGAGCAGCGUGCUAUUGCGAAGAUCAAGAUGCUGGGCAACAUCAAAUUCAUUGGUGAACUUGGCAAACUCAAUCUUAUCCAUGAAUCAAUCCUCCAUAAGUGCAUCAAAACACUUUUGGACAAGAAGAAAAGAGUCCAACUUAAGGAUAUGGGUGAAGAUUUGGAAUGCCUCUGUCAGAUAAUGAAAACAGUGGGGCCUAAGCUUGAUCAUGAUAAAGCUAAGUCUUUGAUGGAUCAGUACUUUGGCCGCAUGCGAUCCUUAACGAACAACAAGGAACUGCCAGCAAGGAUUCGUUUCCUGCUUCAGAACAUGGUGGAGCUGCGAGACAACAACUGGGUGCCUCGCAAAGCUUAUGUUGACAAUGGACCCAAGACGAUCAACCAAGUUCGUCAGGAGGCAGUAAAGGAUUUGGGCGUCUUCAUACCACCCUCAAAUGAUGCAAUGAAGAAUGAUUUCUUCAUGGACAACCCUUCCUUCCUGACAACAAGGAUCAAGUUUGACAGAGAAACUCUUGGUGGGCUGGCUGAUAUGUUUGGACAAAUGCCUGGAAGUGGCAUUGGUACAGGUCCAGGGGUGAUUCAGGACCAUUAUUCACCUACAAUGGGUCGUCACCGUGCAAACCCUCUUUUCAACGGCCAUAUUGGAAAUGGCAAUGGUUCACACCAGCCUCAGUAUGAAGGGGGAAGCAAACCUUUUAUAAAACCAAACCAGGGGCAGAACUCACCAGUUUUCACCCAUAAGCAGAAUCACUCGGUGCAAAUGCAGUCGAAGGAUAUGGGUCCACGCUUUGGCAAGAAAGGGAAAGUCAAUGCUGACGAGAUCAGUCUGAGGCCAGCACAGUCCUUCAUCCUGAAUAAGAACCAGGUGCCAAAGCUGCAGCCACAGAUGACUAUGAUGCCUCAGAUGGGUUCCCCGAUAGGACAGCUGGGCCUCAAAACCAAUCCUCCUCCCAUUCAGGAAAAACCUGCCAAGUCCAAUAAAAAAGCUCCUCCUACAAAGGAAGAGUUGCGCAAAAUGACAGAGACUUUAGUGACUGACUACCUGAAUAGCAAAAAUAUCGACGAGGCAUUGAAUGCUGCAAAGGAGAUGAAGGCUCCCAAGCAUUUUUUGUCUGAGAUGCUGAAUAAGAUGAUGGUCUUUUCACUUGACCGUUCAGAUGAAGACAAGGAGCAUGCAAGCACCCUAAUCCAUGCACUCUGCACAGAAGGCCUUGCCUCUGGGGAAAACUUAAUGCAGGCUUUUCUGAGUGUUCUGGACCAGUGUCCCAAGAUUGAGGAAGAAAUCCCACUGGUGAAGUCGUACCUGGCACAGUUUGCAGCACGGGCAAUCAUUGCUGACCUGGUCAGCAUUUCUGACUUUGCCCAUCAGCUGGAGAAUGGUGCUCACUUCCCACUGUUCCUGCUCUGCCUGCAGCAGAUGGUCAAACUGAAGGACCGCGAUUGGCUGACUGACUUGUUCCAGCAGAGCAAGGUCAACAUGCAGAAGAUGCUACCUGAAAUUGACCAGAACAAAGACAGGAUGCUGGAGAUUCUGGAGGGGAAAGGUCUCAGCUUUUUGUUCCCACUCAUGAAACUGGAGAAGGAGCUGCUGAAGCAGAUCAAAGUAGAUCCCUCUCCCCAGUCCAUCUACAAGUGGAUCAAAGACAACAUCUCUCCUAAACUCCACACUGACAGGGGCUUUGUCAACAUUCUUAUAACCAGCUUCUUGCAGUACAUCGCUUAUGAGAUCAACCCUGAUGACGACGAAGAGCAGUUGGCAGCACCAAGUAAGGAACAGCUGGAUGAGGAGAAGCAGCUGCUGCUGUCUUUCAAGCCAGUAAUGCAAAAGUUCCUACAUGAUCACAUCGACCUGCAAGUCAGUGCACUGUAUGCCCUGCAGGUGCACUGCAAUACCAAGGCUUUCCCCAAAGGCAUGCUCCUGCGCUACUUUGUGAACCUUUAUGACAUGGAGAUAAUUGAAGAAGAGGCCUUCCUUUCAUGGAAAGAAGAUGUCACCCAAGAGUAUCCAGGGAAAGGAAAAGCAUUGUUUCAGGUGAACCAGUGGCUGACAUGGCUAGAAACUGCAGAGGAAGAAGAGUCUGAGGAAGAAGAUUACUAAAACGGGCCAAAGCCAUGAUCGGGAUGCAGAGUGAAUUAUUUUUUUUUUUUUUUUUUUUUUUUUUGAGUUUUGUUUUUUUGCAUUCGCAUUUUCUUCGGUUUCUUUCCCCUCUCUUGUAACCACUGUUACACUUUUGUCCACUAUGAAACGUUUUACCAGAUCAAGCCAGCAUCACCACCAUCCUGUUGUAUUUAUGCUUUUCUAAUUUUCUAUCCUAUUUGAUGUCCUACAGCAGAUGUUUUAUACAUUUCAAUCAACCUUGUAUUUUCUUUAACAGUAGGCAGUAUUUUUGCAAGAAUGCACCUGAACUUGGCCCAUUUUAUCACCUUUACAUCUGGAUGGAGUCACCAAGUGCUGCCGUAACUAUUAACGUAAAAACGGUUUACAAAAGAGAAAAAGCUCUGACGUGUCACAGAGACUUUCCUUGUUUUAAUCUGCAGUUAAACAGUUUUUAGAUGCACUUUGCUGAACGUCACGAGUCGUUGCAAUAGUAACACACUUUCCUUGUUAAAACAAUCCUGAGUUGCAGUUGUUGGCCGUCAUUUAUAAUGGGUUUCUUCUGCUUGAAUAUAAACCGUUUUUUAAUCUGGGUUUGAUUAUGUAUGUUAACAGUAGUGGCCUAUUUUACUUGCACAAUAUAAUUUCAGCUACCCACACCUACUUUAAUGAAUCAGUGCUUUUUUCCCUUUUUUUUUCUUUUUUUUUUUAUUAAAUGUAUGAAACUUUUUGUGCUGUUAGGAAUGGAUCUUGUGUGGCCUCUUUAAUUUAUCAGUUCAUAUGGAUAUACCUCUAAUGUAUCUCGGACUAUACUUGAAUGUCUCAGUUUUGACAUUGGGACAGCCAAAGCUUAGUUUCCUGUGCUACAGUUGUUCACCACUUGUGGAAAUUUUACAUCUGUUUGCCAUAUUUGUCAGGUUCUUAAAUGGUCUCUUUUUAUCUUCAUAAAAUUACAGAGAAUGUAGUGUGUGUGCGUGUGUGUACACUUAACACUUUUGGAGUGUCACCGUAAUGUUAAGUGCAAGAAGUUGCGUGUACAACUACAGCUCAAGCUUGAAUAAAGUUUAACUGUUCCA